ACAUUAUUUAUUCUUAGUUGGAUUAAAAAAUGAGACAUCCUUAUAUCCUCUAUAUUAGGUGAAAAAUAAUGUGAAAGAUAAAAUGUAUAAAACCCUACAUUGUUAUGACAGAUAAAUAAUAGAUAAUGAGAGAUGAGAACCAUAGUUUAAUAUAAAUGACUCACUUUUGUUAUUUCUGGUUUGUCAUAUUUGACCAAGUCUUCAUCCCUUUUUUCCAAACUCAAAGAGACCAUUGAAGAAAAACAAAGAAGAAAAAAAAAACCAUGUUGAAAUGAUAAGAUUCUCAGAAUCUUGAAAUCAACGUGGUUUUAAUCAUUAAUCAACAACAUCUAAACAUGAUAUUUUUAAAAGGUUGUUUGUUCUAGCAUUGGAAUAUUUGCAUGCUGCAUGCAGAUUAUGGAUUUGAAAAGGUUAAGGUUUUGGAAUUUUAAGGUUUCUUUAUAUUAAGGUUUUUGUUUAAGGUGUGGAAGAUGAGUUGUUUUCCAUGUUGUGCUUCACAAGAGAGAAUCAACAAGAAAUCAUUGAAGAAAAGUAUUAAGGAAUACCAUGAAGCAAAAACUUUAUCCUCAUUUGCUAACAUCUCUUUUAAAACUGAUAGUGGCAAGAGAAGGUUCAUAGCAGAUGAGAUAGCAAAGCUUGGAAAAGGAAAUGUUACCUCUAAGGUAUUUUCGUAUCGCGAUCUAUGCAGCGCGACUCAGAAUUUUCAUCCUCCAAACAUGAUUGGAGAAGGAGGUUUUGGAAGAGUAUACAAAGGGAACAUCAAAAGCACAAAUCAAGUUGUUGCGGUGAAGCAGCUUGACAGAAAUGGAUUUCAAGGGAACAGAGAAUUUCUUGUAGAGGUUUUGAUUUUGAGUCUUUUGCAUCAUCAAAACCUCGUGAAUUUAGUAGGUUAUUGCGCCGAAGGUGACCAGAGGAUUUUGGUAUAUGAAUUCAUGGAAAAUGGUUCCUUAGAAGAUCACUUGCUUGAUGUAACUCCUGAUAGAAAGCCGUUGGAUUGGAAAACUAGAAUGAAGAUUGCAGGAGGAGCGGCAAAAGGGCUUGAAUAUUUACACGAACAAGCGAACCCUCCAGUGAUAUACCGUGAUUUCAAGGCGUCAAACAUCUUAUUAGAUGAAAGCUUCAAUCCAAGGCUUUCAGACUUUGGACUUGCAAAGCUCGGCCCGACCGGUGACAAGACACAUGUAUCCACCAGAGUGAUGGGAACUUAUGGCUAUUGUGCUCCUGAGUAUGCAUCAACGGGACAAUUAAGUACAAAAUCAGAUGUCUAUAGUUUCGGAGUUGUGUUCUUGGAGAUUAUUACGGGAAGAAGAGUCAUCGACAAUUCGAGACCGUCAGAAGAACAAAAUUUAAUCAUUUGGGCACAACCUCUUCUAAAAGAUAAAAAUAAAUUCACAAAAAUGGCAGAUCCAUUGCUAGGAGAUAACUAUCCUAUAAAGGGUCUAUAUCAAGCUCUAGCUGUAGCAGCAAUGUGUCUUCAAGAGGAAGCUGAUACACGGCCGUUAAUCAGCGAUGUAGUUACUGCUCUCGAAUUUCUAGCCAACAAGAAAGAAGACGAUGGAGAAAAACUAACAAAAGAAGAGAUUUUUGCUUCUCAAGGUGGAAAUCAUGAAUCUAAUGUAAAUAAUGACAAUGAAGAUGAAGAUGAGGAUGGUGAUGACAACGACGACGAUGAAGAUGAAGAUGAGGAUGACGAUGACGAUGACGAAGAGGAUGGUGAUAAUGAUAAUGAUAAUAAGAAAGUUCAUAUUAGAUAUAGUGAAUGAAAUUGUUUUCCAAAGUCAUAGCAUAUUGAAGUUUCAAUCCUAAUAACAUGCCAUUCAAUUUUAUGAAUAUGGCUUGUGUUAGGAUAUGAAGCAUGCCAACAAUUAGCGUAAAUCUUUGAGCUUGAUGGCUUGUGUUAAGAUAAUUGUAUUCAUUCUCUCAUCAAGUUCUGUAAUCGAACGAUCAUACAUGAACUCAACAUUUUUUUCAA